GGGCUGUACAGAGAUCUAGUGCCAAAUGCAUUUUGGAGCAUGUAUUGAACAUCUUAAAGUAGCUGCAUCUUUCCCUGAGCAUCCUUGGCUGACCUCCACAGCUUAUAUAAUCUCAAGAAAAGACACAUUUGAUUUAGUGGUACCUUUGUUCAUUUUUUAAAGUGCAGGAUCUGCCUCCUCUUUCAAGUUACUUUACAUGUGUUUGCACAGAAGAUUUGCACUGCACUAACACCAUAGUAACAUUCUUCCUUUUCCUCUCCCUUCUUGUUAGCAGGCAAGCAUUUUGCCUGGAAAGAAUGCUGACCAAAGGGCUUUUGAAGUUUGACCUACUUGUUAGCAUUUGCAGACACUUAAAAAAACAUAUUCAGCAGAAACUUGGUAAUGUUUAACUGUGAAGAUAAUAGCUGCUAUUAAAGAUUAGCAAUACCAGCUGCUUUAAGUUUGGGGACAUUUUGGAAGCUAAGGAAAAGCAGAGGUAAUAACCUUAUUGAUUAGGUAAUAACCUUUUUGGACUGUAUUCUAGAUCAUCAGAUUAGUAAUUGGAAUACUGCAGAGCUGAACAACCAAAGGUUUAGAAAAAAUUCUGUAUAUUUAGCUGAUAUUGAAGUCUGUAAGGAUAUCUAGUUUUGAUCAAUUUAAAGUCAAUUUUUGCUUCAUUCCUUGAUUGCUUUUGGAGAAACAAGACACAAUGUCAUCUAUCAAAGUUGAAUGUGUUGUACAAGAGAAAUGCAAGAUUGGAGAAUCACCUGUAUGGGAGGAAAAGGAAAAUUCCCUUCUCUUUGUAGACAUAACUGGCAAAAAGGUCUAUCGGUGGAAUUCUCUCACUAAAGAAGUGCAAAGUGUUUCUGUGGAUGCCCCAGUGAGCACAGUAUCACUUCACAAAUCUGGUGAUUACAUUAUUACUCUGGGAACCCAGUUCGCAGCUCUAGACUGGAAAAAGAAGUCCAUUACCACCAUUAUUCAUGUGGACAAGGAUAAAACCAACAACCGAUUCAAUGAUGGGAAAGUGGAUCCUGCAGGAAGACUGUUUGCAGGUACGAUGGCUGAGGAGAUUCGCCCUGCGGUGCUUGAGCGGCACCAGGGCUCACUCUACACUCUCUUCCCCAACCACUCUGUGAUGAAACAUUUUGACAAGGUGGACAUCUCCAAUGGUUUAGAUUGGUCUCUGGAUCAUAGAACCUUCUUCUACAUCGACAGCCUUUCGUACCACGUUGAUGCCUUUGAUUACGACCUGCAAACUGGAAAGCUUUCCAACCGCAGGAACAUAUACAAACUGGAAAAGGAAGAGAGCAUUCCGGAUGGGAUGUGUAUCGACACAGAGGGGAAGCUUUGGGUGGCCUGCUAUGAUGGAGGACGGGUAAUCCGUAUAGAUCCUGAGACAGGAAAAAGAAUUCAGACAGUGAAGCUGCCUGUUGACAAAACAACUUCUUGUUCUUUUGGUGGAUAUGAUUAUUCAGAAUUGUAUGUCAGUUCAGCUUGUCAAGGAAUGGAUGAGUCAUCUCUCCUACAACAACCCCAGGCUGGUGGCAUUUUCAAGAUUACUGGCCUUGGGGUGAAAGGAAUCCCACCGCAUUCAUAUGCAGGUUAAUAAUUACCCUUGAAGACAAAUAUCAAAACAAAGAAGGAAGGAAAUGACAAAGAGUUGCAUCACUUAACCUUUCAUCUAUCUCUUUUUUAGAAGCUAUAAAGGAUGGUAGGCCAACAAGUAAAGCAAUAAACUCCCAAACCAUGAAUUCAGAUUUGCAUUGUGCCCAAUUGGCUUUUGUUUUUGUUGCUAACUAAAAACAA